CUUAAUUUUUGAUUAGUAAUAUGCAUUGCUAAGAACUUCAUUUGGACAGUUUUAAAGUUGAUUUUCUCAGUAUUUUGAUUUUAUUUAUCUUUUUUUGCACCCUUAGAUUCCAGAUUUUCUAAUAAAGUUGUAUCUCGGCUUAAUAUUGUCCUAUCCUAACAAACCAUACAUCAAUGGAAAGCUUAUUUAUUCAGCUUUCAGAUUAUGUAUAAAUCUAAAAAUGCACCUUUAUGACUAGUUUUGUGCUCCUGGGUCACAAUUAAGAAAAAAAAAAGCAGUUGCAGUAUAUAAAGUCACAAAUUAAAAAUAAAAUAUCAAAAUUGCAAGAUAUAAAAAUUAUUUUCAUUUAUUUUUAUUUAUUUAGUUUUUCUGCAAGCCUUAAAUGGACUUCCAUACAAACUUGGGGGCAUUACAGUGAAAACGUGAAAUAAUAGUUUACACGUUUCUUUUCAUUUCAGUGUUUUUAUUUAUUUUUAUUUUAUUAAUUUUUUUUACUUUUUUUUUACUUUCAUAUUUCCGUAAAUAUUUCUCUCUGAUCUAAUUCUUUGGAAACAAGCUUCAGCAUGGAUUAUUGCCUGCUGUGUGAUUUCUGAGAGUUUGUGUUUAUGAAGUCUCCCAGGUUGUUGUUUAACAGACCCCUGCGCGGUGCCAGAUUAGGGUCCAAUAAGGGAAACGGCAAUGACGUUAGCUGUUAGGAGAAAAAGGCUUUAUGACAUGCCCGGAAUGGACCAGUAACAGUGGAUGCGGAUGGCACCAGGGCAAAGAUUAAUCAGCUGCACAUUAUUUAAAGGCCAUCAUAAGACAAAGUCCCAGAGUUGACUCCGUUUCGGCCACAGGAUGAGGCGGCUAAGAUGUUCUUGGAGCUCCUUGAAACCCCUAAUCAUCAUCAUUACACCACUGGCUUUGCUACCGCUGCCACUGGUCAUCAGAAAAAAGGAAGCAGAAUGUGCGUAUAUCCUAAUAUUAAUGGCUGUAUACUGGAUGACGGAGGUCUUGCCUCUGUCUGUGACAGCACUUCUCCCCGCACUGCUUUUCCCUCUAUUUGGGAUCAUGAAGUCCUCACAGGUUGCAUCUGUAUAUUUCAAAGACUUCCACUUGUUGCUUCUUGGUGUCAUCUGUUUAGCAACAUCCAUUGAGAAAUGGGGUCUUCAUCAGAGAAUUGCCCUCAGAUUGGUGACUGGAUUUGGAGUCAAUCCUGGCAUGUUGAUGCUCGGGUUCAUGGUUGGCUGUGCUUUCCUCUCCAUGUGGUUGAGCAACACCUCAACUGUGGCGAUGGUAAUGCCAAUUGUGGAGGCAGUGAUCCAGCAGGUUUUGAAUGCAAGUGAAGAGGCCAGCAAAGACCACAAGGGGGCGUUAAAUGGCAUCUCCAACCUUGCUCUUCAGCUUGAAGAUAUCGAGGCCCAGCAUGACCAAUCUGAGAAGAUAAAAAGCAUCGAAGCAGGGAUUACAGAGCCAGUUCAGACAGCUACUGAGGAACCAGAAUCUGUUAAGGCGCCUCCACCAUAUAAUGGAAAGUACAGGACCCAUGAAGAUCACAUGAUGUGCAAAGGCUUGUCGCUUUGCAUUGCUUACUCCUCAUCCAUUGGGGGGCUGACCACAUUAUCAGGAACAUCCACAAACCUCAUCUUUGCUGAAUACAUCUAUCAGUACUACCCAGAUUGCACCGUCAUUAAUUUUGGGAACUGGUUCGUGCUUUGUCUUCCCAUCUGCAUAAUUAUGCUGAUUUUAUCAUGGAUAUUCCUGCACUGGAUGUAUCUCGGAUCCAACUUUCGUGCCAGUCUGUGCUCCAGACAGCGAUCUGAGAAGGAAAAACACACUGCCAGAGUGCUCCGGGAUCAGUACAACUCACUAGGGCCCAUAAGCUGGCAGGAGAUUAUAACCAUGAUCAUCUUCAUUCUGAUGGCAAUUUUGUGGUUUACAAGAAACCCAGGUUUCAUGCCUGGCUGGUCGGCAUUGUUUCCUGAUUACCCAGGAUACGCUACAGAUGCCACUGUAGCGCUGUUGCUGGGUUUCACGUUCUUCAUCAUCCCCGCACACAAACCAAAUGCAGAGCACUAUGAGGCCUUGAUAACGUGGAAGGACUUCCAGGCCUGUAUGCCAUGGGAGAUCAGUCUGCUCGUGGGUGGUGGUUUUGCUUUGGCUGAAGGCACAAAGAUUUCUGGUUUAUCAACUUGGGUUGCUGAAUUGCUGACUCCCUUGGGAAGUCUUCCUCCUUUAGCCACUGUAACCAUCGCUUGCCUUAUUGUCACCUCUAUCACAGAGGUGGCCAGCAAUGCUGCCACGACGACAAUCUUUUUGCCCAUACUGGCCCCCUUGGCUGAGGCAAUUGGAGUCAACCCUCUGUACAUGUUGAUUCCUACGGCCCUGUGUGUGUCCUUUUCAUUCCUGCUUCCGGUUUCUAAUCCUCCUAAUGCUAUUGUCUUCACAUAUGGUCAUCUGACAAGCAUGGACAUGGUGAAGGCAGGUCUGGGCUUAAAUGUUAUAGGUGUUCUUACAGUCCUAUUAGCUCUUACGACAUGGGGAACACCUCUUCUUAACCUGGACACCUACCCAGACUGGGCACCGGUUGUAAACGGCACUGGAGUAUGACCAUCUCUGUGAAUAUUUUACAAAUGUGGACAUUUAGUUUUCAAUUUACAUGGGACCCCUGGAUGUUGGCUGAAGUGUUGACAGUGCAAAGCCCACAAUCCAAAUGUAUUACUUAUUUGGAUCACUUGGGCAAGAUUGUAUGACCAGCUUCGAUUAGGCAAUACAACAGACUGAAAGCGUUGGGUUCCAUGAGAUGUUCAGUUUGAACAUCAUUGUUUGUUUAUAUGUUUUUGUAUUUUAAUCAUUUUAAUAAUCUUUGUCAUCAGUGGCUCAAGUCCAUGAUUUUUUUAGGGGUUUAAAGAGACUAGUAAAAGCUGUUAAAAACAUGUUUGGUGUACAAUUCAAAAGUGCAAUUUUUAUACAAAAUGUAUUAUAUUAAAGAUAUUUCUUUAGCUUUAAGCAGAGUUUGCAUGACAGGUUUAGUCCCGUCAGCUAACAUAGCACUUAAUGUUUUAUAGAGUUGUAUAUUUUUGUUAUAUGCUAGCCUGUAUAUACAUACCGUAUAUACAGAUAAGUGAACUGUAUGAGUAGAAUGUCGAAAUUCCAUUGUGAACAAAGGAGAUCUAAAGAGUAAAUAACAGACAAAAUUUUCAAGAAAGUACACAGUCUCACUUUCAACAUUAGACACAAACUCGCACAUAACAGUGGCUAGAAAAUAAUAGCUGUUUUUUGUUUGUUUUAAUACCAUUUUAAAAUUCACUCUUACAGAAUUUUGUAUUUUGAAUGGAAACUCAAUGUCAAAUUCGGUUGACCAUCCAUUGUUCAUACUUUAUGUGCUUAUGUGCUUUAUGUGUAAAAUGUUUCUUGUUACGGCUAAAACUGUGAGACGGCUACUUUCUGUCUUGUGUGUUAUUCGUGUGUUUCACUGUUUUGGCGAGAAAAAAAAACAUUUCAAUAAACAUCUGGAACCAUUUACAGACAUCA